CGCAGUGUUCCCUGAGCCGCAGUGUAAUGCUGAACCCCGAAGUGGAGUCUCGAUUAUAAUGAAUUUGUAAAAAUGUGAGAGUCCAUCGAAAAUUGUAAAAAAAAAAAGUAUAUAUAAUGGGCCCAGUCUGUAUGAGAUUUGGGGAUAUAUCAGUUUGUGCCUUAAAGCCGAAAUAAAGAACAUACAUAUGACUUCAAACCAUAGCACAGCACAGUUCCAGUGACUCCAUUCGUCCGUGGCCUUCAGCUGCAAUGGUUUACGUCAAAGUGAUGUGGACAGUGGUAGUCUGUGUGAUGAUCGCCCUGGUCAUUGCUAGCCAGUUUUUGCCCAACAAGGGCUUGUACUGGGUGCAAGAGGAAGAACAAACAUGUGCCCAUAAUUCCGUUAACCUCUCGGUUUAUGCAGAAGGGAACGAAAAGGAGAUGAAGAGAUGCGACAUUCCUUCUCCCAAAUUAGUGGGUCGAACGAGCGUACGAGAAGGCUUAUCAGAGGCGGAGGUCGAGGCCAACGUGACCAACGUGCUCCCAGGAGGCUCGUGGUGGCCACAAGACUGCGAGUCGACGUGGAGACUCGCCGUCAUCGUCCCCUACAGGAAUAGGGAGGUCAUGGUCGGCCCUUUCCUCAACCACAUGCAUCCGUUUCUGCAACGCCAGCUGCUCAACUACACCAUUUUCAUCGUGGAACAGUCUCCAGGCAACAAGGAGUUCAACCGAGCGAAACUACUAAAUAUCGGAUACGUCCUUGCACAACGAUCCGGUCCUUACGACUGCUACGCUUUUCACGACAUCGACUGCGUACCUGAAGACGAUCGAAACCUGUAUAAUUGCGCCGAUCAGCCACGACACCUAGGGGUUGGGAUGGAAAAAUUCAAAUACAAGUAAGGAGACUAAUAGUAUAAUGGUAUGAUAACACGCAAUGCGUGUGUAAUUCAGUAAUGUGGUAAGGAGCGGACUUCAAAUGUUUGGUAACGAAAAGCUCCAGAUCUUGAACAGAGACUAAAAAGAAAG